CUGUAGAGAGCUGAAGGAAAGGAGGAGAAUUUGCAAGACAACGGGACAGUUUAUGAAUCUGAGAAACAGGCAUUGUCUCUGGAGUCCUGCUUAUCUAGAAUUUGUGAAGAAUAGGUUGGAAUGAGGCCUUCAGCCCAGAUCUGGAUGUUCACCGUACGAAGAAUCAGAAACCAGUAAAGGAGGCCUAAAUGCUAAUGCCAUGCUGAGCUGAACAGAAUCUCUUCAUCCAUUUAUGAAGAGGCUGUGUUACCAAGUUGUGUAGACGCUCAGGGUCUCUGGCAUGUGCACCAAUUCUUCUACAUGGGACCAAAAAGAGAAAGCUUGAGAAGAAACUCUGACAAAGUGUUUCUAGGAUAGUCAGGCUCAGCCACUGCUUUCUCACCUAUGGUUUGGUCUCCCAAGACCGUCUGAGGCAUCAAAAGUGUUGUCCUCUGCUUUCAAAGAAGACAGUGCUGAUGUUGAAGGCUGGUGAAGACCAAAAGUUGUGUCAUCCAUCAGCAUUUUGAGGGCAUCCAGAGUUGCUGGUAGAUAUACCACACGAGCAGUCAUAGAUCUGGCCCUGCAUUGAUGAGCCAGCCGCCAAUGAGAACAGCUGUCUGACACCUUCAACUAGUCCACAGCCUCCCCAACCUGCUGUGUUCCGAAAUCGUUUCAGGAUAACGCUUUACCUGACCCAGUAACAGAAGCACAGAAAAAUCAGAAGGGGCAGAAACAUGGAAAAAGACAUUCUAACUCACAUUGAGCCUCCGAUGACCCAGGCAUGCGACAGGGACCCGGCCACGGCGGCAGCACCUGCAAGAGCCCCGCCUGGGCUUCAGACUCCGCUUGAAGGUGCUGUGUCCGCCGCAAGUAGUGGGGUACAUGUGGGACAGGAAAGCAUGGAGCCAGGAGAGUACGAUGAGGUGGAAAAAAUGUCUGUUCUUAGUUUGGGGCUGAGCGCUGAGGCUGAUGCCCCACACGCAGGUGAGGUUCCGGGUCACGCUGCGUUGCAGGGGACCAGCAGCCAGGGCAACACAGGGAAGAAAACCAGCCGGAAAAGGAGGAAUAGAAAGGAAAACAAGGUUGUAUAUCUCCCCUGGCCUCUGACGCUACAGACCCGGGCGUCUUCUGCAGCCCCAGUUCUGGGCCAGACUUGUGUCACAGGGGCUCUGCCGAUUGCUGAUACUGGAGUCGGCGCGGUGUAUGAAAACAGGGAGGAAGGGGAGUGGGAUGACAAGGAGAAGGUACCCGUUGCCACCUGGCCUGAGAAGGCACAUGCUGGCACCCCACUGCCAGCAGAAAGCGCAGCUCAGGCCUCUCUUGAGGAGGCGUCAGUGGCAGCCAAUGAGGAGAUAAAAGGAGACCAGACAGGCAGUCAUAAAGGGAGAAAUAAAAAGAACAAAAAGGUCAUGGCCAGUCCUUGGCCUCUGACAGUACAGGCUUGGGUGUCAUUCACAGGCCCAGGCCAGAUGCAGGUGGCUACAGCAGGGGCAUCGUCAUUUGCUAGGGAUGGUGUCAACGCGGGGCCUAAAAGCAAGGGUCAGAAGGGUGAGGCGAAUAAAACGUCAGCUGGCACUCCGUACCAGAGUGCACAGGACGGUGCCCCCCGCUCGGCUGAGGGUCUGGGGCAGGCCUCGUGGGAGGGGGCAUCCCCCCCUGCUGACAGCCCAGAAAAUGAGAAGAGAGCCGCCUAUAAAAGAAGGAAUAGAAAGGAGAGAAGCGUCUCGGCUGGUCCUUGGCCUCUGACAGUACAAGCCUGGGCAUCAUUUGCAACAGCAGACCAGGUGCAGACUCGCCCCCAGGGCGAGCCUUCUGUUGCAAGUAUGGGGGUGAAUGUGGGGCCAAGGAACUGGCCCCAAACAGAGUAUAGUGAGGAGGGAGCACAGGCCGCUCUUCCUUGGCCUGAGAGGGUCCAGGCUGGUGCCCUCUUCCCGGCAACAGCCCCGGGACAGGCUUUACUGCAGGGGCAUCCUUCCCAAGACCUACAUUCCAAGGUGAGACAAAUGUGUUGGAGACCCCAAGGGAGAGAGGGGGAACUGGUUCCGAGCAAUCCAGAGCAAGUUCGGGAACCCUGUCAUGGGUGUAGAAGAACCGAGAGACACCUGAGGGACCAGGACUUCUGGGAAUGCACGGUGAUGAAUUUUGCUAGGCAGGUGGAUUGUUGCUAUUGUGGGGAGCUCUGCUCACAACAGCGGAUGGAGGCUUUGACCCUGACCAAAGCCCACACCCACAUCAGCACUUCAGUGAUGGGACCAGAGAGGGAGAGGGCUAAAUCUCAGGCAGUCUGGAUGGAGAAAUGGGGAGGUUUUUGAGACGCAGAGGAGAAAAGAAAGAGACCUAAAGAGUAUUUUGGGUCCUGGAAGUGCCACCGUCUAUAUCUGUUGGGAAUGAGGUGUUUAAAUGCCACUCUGAAUAGGGGGUGCCUGGGUGGCUCAGUCUGUUAAACGUCCAACUCUUGAUUUUGGUUCAAGUCCUGAUCCCUCCGUUCAUGGGAUCGAGCCCCGCUUCAGGCUUUGCUUGGGAUUCUCUCUCUCUCUGCCCCUCUGCUCACUCCCACUCUCUCUCUCUCUCAUAAAUGAAUGAAUGAAUGAAUGAUGAAUGAAUAAAUAUUUAAAUGCUACUUUGAGGAAAGGGAGGCUCAGUACCCAACUGGCAAAUUUCCGUGUUACAUGGUAACAUCACCAAGUACUCUCUGCAAGGGUGAUUUUUCUCCAAAAAUAAGUUUUGGGUUUGUGGAGAAUUGGCGCAUACAUGUAACACUUAAGAAAAGCAAAAAUGCUUUUUUCUCUAUGUUGUUUCCCCUAACAUUUUCAGCAUUGUUGAGAAAGGUGAGUUACCUAUAGCUAAUAAGCUGUAUUAGAGUUUUAGAGUGCCAACCAGUGAUAGAAUGUGUAUUGGAUCCUGAGCAUACCUCUCUUGACUGGAAAGCGUUCUUGUGUAUAUUGCAUAUUAGAUUGUAAACUGACUUGAUGAUCGCAUUUUGCUCUAAGACUGGCCAAUUUACGCUUGCUCAGAGCACAAGCUGUAGAGCCACAAUGCCUGCGAUCUAAGCCCAGCUUGGGACUCACUCUUCUCUUCUGGGCCCCAGUCUAUCACCUGGGGGUAAUAAUAGCACCUGCCUCAUAUAUUGUGUGAUUAAAUGAGUUAAUACAUAUGAAGCAUGUAGACUAGUACAUGGCAUAUAAUAAGCCCUCAGACACUAACACCUAUCAUUGCUUUUAACUUUCAACAGUAAAUGUCAUGGAAGGGUCCAGCACUGUGGUACUAUGUGCGUUAAAAGUUAUGCAAAUGGCAGUGCCUACGUGAGGCAGGAGACGAUGCCUCCGUUUACAAUUAUGGUAACAAAGAUUCUUCAAGCCAAGGGGAAAGACGCUACUCAAGGGGGAAAAGCAGGCAAUAAAAUGGUAGCUAUCGUUCUGAGGUGCACGAUCUCAACCAUGUCAGGACAAGGUAGCACAAUAAAGGCUGGGGGAGAAUACGCUCCUGUGCUAAUAUCCCUUACUGCUGGAUGGGGGGAUCGUGCCCGGCUGAUGCGUUUCUGCUUCCUAGUUCUCUUGUGUAACGUCCAAAUGUCUGCGUCACCGUGGCAUCAGCAGAUAAUCAGCAUUCAUCAAGGAGGGUGACAAGGACAAGGACGAGGAGCCCUCCCGCCGGUGGACUUGUUGGAAGGAGUCGCCCAACGUGGAGGGUGCUCAGGGGACGGGACCCUCCCCAGGGAGGACUCUCCAGCCUGCAGCUGCGGAAAGAGAGGUCCAGGCACCUUUGGCUGGCGCUGGACAGGACGCACACAGCUCUGCCCACCGGCGAGGAAGGGAGGGACUUCCCUUGCCUGAUUUUGCUCUGAUUCAGUGGUUGCUCCCACCUGCCACCUGUGUUGAAAUCUUCCCUGGAAGCUUGGCUGGACAAGGAGGCUGGGCAUACGCUGAGAUUAAAAAGUAAACUUUUGUAUUGGCCUUUCGUAUGGCGUGGCUUUGGGGGCGAUUUAGCUAAAAUGGUGUCCUGAUGCGUGCCCUGGCAACACUGAAGGGGUAGAUAUUCGUGGGGAGCUCUGAGGGGGUCCACGUGCCCCCUUUUAUGUGUCCUGGAUGCUCUAGCAGGGCCUUUGGGCACUUUUGGAGAAGCAUCUUUGUGAAGGGGCAGGAGGGACUUUUCUAAUAUCCACUCAUCCUCCUGCCCCGAGGGGUCCAGCUCCACCCUGAUCUCGCUUGAAGGGGACAAUUGUACCCCCUAGUUGGCUACAUGCCUUGCUGUUAAACCCAAGGGCUUAACCAGAACAGGGACUGGGUAUAUAUAUGAGUCAGGGCCACAUAGCCUCACUACCCCUCUGUCUAACCUCAGGGAGGGGCUCUCUGAUAUGAAUCAAGGUUAGAAUAUGGGAGAUGAAAGAACAGGAACAAAGGAGUCUGUGAUUUCUUUCUGCCAGGUGAGUCCUCUCCUCUGCUUCUUCCACAUUACUAAAGCCAGGGCAGGAGAGCUAAGCAGGGCAAGGGGACGGGCAGGGGAAAGGGAAUAAGAAGUUGGUUGCCCUGUUCUUGGGCUGGCCCAAGUUUAAAGCUAGAAGAGAGGGUAAAGGGGGUCUGAGUUACCUUCACUGUCCAGCUCAGCUUACCAGGGUAAGAGAGUCAAAAUGGAUGUGAGGCGGAAACACCUAUAAUUGUGAAUAAAGAUUGCAUUUGCCUGACAUA